UGACUAAGAGUACUGACCCGUCCCGUUGACCCACCCCCAAUCCUUCAAUCAGCGGUAAUGUUAUUAAUUUCGGACUUCAUCUUACACGGUGAAGCAAAUCAGUGGCUGAACUCAGUCCUCCUUUAACGCUUUCUGAGCUCCAGGCUAUGAGUCCUGAUGUGGGGCGUUAACUGCAUGGCGUCUGGUUUAAGUGGUGGUCUGCAAGUCUUAAGGAUGACUUCUCUUCCGUUGCGACCUGAGUCUCUGUAAUGGGGGAUCCCCUUCUCCAGCGAAGCAACACCAAUCUCGGGGACUUCACCUGGAACAGGGUCUCAGGAUGUAGUGUUGGCCUGAAGCCUGUCCCUCUGCAAAGCCUCUCAGAGUUGGAGAGGGUUCAUCUAAAGGAUGUGGCCUUCAGGCGACUGCUUCGGGAUCGCGACCUUGGCUGCCACAUCACCAUCCCUAAAUAUGGCCACAAGCACAAGAGGUCACUAAGGCUGAAGUUGGAUGCACUAUCUAAGGAAAAGAGUAGAGACAAAGAGACUAUGCCCCAGGCGUUUGGCAUACCGUUGUCUCAGGUCAUAUCCAACGACCGAUCACACAAGCGACGGCACGAUCCCCCACGGGAGGAGCACAGUGACCCUACUGAAUUGAUGCUGUCUUUCCUCCACCUCAACUCCAUAAAAAGGGGAAACAAGGAGUUCUCCAGCAGCAACUCGUCCCUCAGCUCCACUUCUGAGACCCCUAAUGAAACACCUCUGCUCAGCAUGCCCGACACAGCCCCACGGACACGCAGGAGGGGCGGAGUAUCUGUGGAUUGCAUCACUGAUCUGGACGAUAACCAGUCUCGGCUCUUGGAGGCCCUUCAGCUCUCUCUGCCAGCGGAGGCAGGCGGCAACAGGAAAAAACGCCAUGACAAGAAGCUCAGCCUUAACCCCAUAUACAGACAGGUGCCCAGGGUGUUGGAUCUCUGCUGCCAGCAUCUGGAGAACUACGGCCUCCAGACGGUUGGAAUUUUCCGUGUCGGGAGUUCAAAGAAGAGAGUGCGACAGCUUCGCAAGGAGUUUGACCAGGGUUGGGAGGUACACUUGGGCGAGGAGCACAGUGUCCAUGUUGUAGCUGCACUGCUGAAAGAGUUCCUCAGAGACAUGCCUGACCCACUGCUGACACGGGAACUCUACACGGCAUUCAUCAACACAAUGUUGCUGGAUUGUUCAGAACAAAAGAGCGCCAUCCAGCUGCUGAUGUUUCUGCUGCCCCCCUGCAACAGCGACACGCUGCAGCGCCUCCUCUGCUUGUUGUCUACUGUGGCUGCACAUGCUGAGCGACAGCGUGACAAUGACGGAAAGGAGAUCCCUGGAAACAAGAUGACAUCACUCAAUUUAGCAACCAUCUUCGGACCCAACCUUCUCCACAAGCAAAAAAACUCGGACAAAGAGUUUGCAGUCCAGAGUUUUGCCCGAGCAGAAGAGAGCACAGCCAUCAUCAGUGUGGUCCAAAAGAUGAUCAAUACAUAUGAGACACUGUUUAUGGUUCCUGCUGACCUGCAGAACGAGGUGCUGAUGAGUGUGCAAGAAACUGAUCCUGAUGUAGUGGACUACUUACUGCGGAGGAAGGCCUCUCAGUACCUCCAGCCUGUUCUUCUUAAAGAGUCGUUCUCUCUAAUAGACAGGUGCUUAUCCAAUGACUCCAUCAAAGCGUCAAGUGGAGAGGUGUCUCCUUAUGACAACAACUCCCCUGUCCUGUCAGACCGACUGCUGUGUAAAUACCCAGAGGAAAGCAGUCCACCCUCAGACAGGAUCCCCAGACUCUCUGCUCAGUGCAAACUCUGUGCUACAGAGGGGUCUGGCAGCUCCUCUCCUACGCUUUCUACUGAUAAAGAGGCCUCAACGGAUGAUUUCUGGGACACCUGGCAUGAACUGUUCAGCAAGAAGUUUACUGGCCAUCAAACCGGCGUUCUCACAGGCUCCCUUGGAGACGUUUCGGAUAGCGAGUCGUAUGGAUCUUCAGAGGGGCUGAGCAGUCACCAAGGUAACAACAAGCUGCCUGUCAGACCAGCACAAACCUCAUUGGGCAUGCUGGAAAUCAGGCCACACCUCCCGGUGACUCGCAGCAGCAGCGGUCCUGAUGACCAGAGAGGACACAGACAACCUCAAUCACCAUUACAUCAGAGACUGAGCAGCCAAUCAGGAGCCCUCAGCUCAGACAACUUAGCAAAGAGGACAGGACGCCCUGCAUGUUCAUUUUUAAAGGUCAGGAUGGACAGUUUAUCUCCGCCUCACUGCUCUGGAAAGCUCAGGGAGACGCAUAUUUCUUACUCCACACCCUCCCUCUUCACAUAUAAGCCUGACCCUCAGACCACCCUGCUGCAGAGCCCUGCCCCCCAGACCCCACUACUGCAGAGCCCUGCCCCCCAGACUGUAGACAAUGCAGCUGCCUCUGGGCCUGGACUAGAAAAGGGCCUUGGCACACCAAACUGGCAGACGGAGAGGUGGCAUAUAUGGCAUAUUCUGUCAAAAGAAAAUGAAGAUGCACUGCCUGAAACCUUGGUGUAAUGCUCCCCUUGACUAUGUUGAACUACAGUGAAGAAAACGUUACAAUAAAGGCGCUUAUCUCCAGUCGCUGAAAUCCUACUCCGUACAAGCAGUAUUAGGUUAUGUUUCUCAUUUAUAGACUGAUGGAAUUUUACACCAGACACUAUCUUAGAUGUGAUGCCUUUCCGCAGGAGUGUUUCGCUGUAUACAUAUUCAUUUCAAUGUGUAUAGAUUAUAUAACAUCUAUUUUUUUGCAGUUGGCGUUAAUGUGCUGUAGUCAUUAACACAGAUUAUUUGCAACACAGCCAUCAAAAGCUUGCAUUUAGACUUGAAUGUCAUCAUUAGACUUGAAUUAUAUUAAUGCUAAUGUGAGGUCAUGAAUGUUUUUCAAGUGGAAUGUAAAAAUAGAGAUCUUCUUAAAUAUAAUGCUUUACAUUUGUAGUGCUUUGAUAUGUAGUAAAGCCACUGCUUGAACAGUUUUGUUACAGGCUCCAAAUAUAAUCUACUGACAUGUAGAAAUGCUGCAGGCUACGUCCAUAUUACCUCCUAAAUAUGUAAUCUCACCCUUUGUCUACAUAUUUAUCCCUAGGGUGGCCAUUCUGUAAAUAACAGUACAUAGUGAUUUAAUUCUAAAGGAUGUGUUUGUGGCAUUACUUAUGAACUUAGCCAAUUUUAAGGGUUAUGUUGUUGUCUAUAAUAUGGAUUUGUAUUGAUACUCUUAUCUAAAAAUGGCCACGGUUUACACAGAAAGAUCAAUGAAUGUAAAAGUCAACAGGGUUCAUGAUGAGCACUUAUAAGGAGCCGUGUUUUCUGGUGCUAUGUAACAUCAUUUAUCCCUUUCCCCUUGGAAUUCAUUUUGGAAUUAGCAUGAUAAAUCAAAUGGCAACUUCAUUUUGUCUCCAUAAGCAUUACCUUAUCUGGCCACAGGAGGGCAGUAGAAGACCAGGACAUUUUGUAUCUGUUUCCUUGCAUCCUCAAACUGUUAUCCAUGUGCAGUGCGGAUAUACCAGUGGGUUUUUAACGACUCAUUACACAUUGAACAGAUAUUAGUUUAGUAAGGCAUCUUUUCCCACCAUUAUAGGCAUGGUGGUGAUUUAAUUUGUUAUGGAUGAUGGUUGAACAUCUAUGUUUAGACGUAUCCAAGUAUUGCCACUAUUGAAGGGAACAUUUUCUCUUAACAAUAUUUUUGCUUUUGGUGAAUAAUUGAUCUGAGCAGAGAAGAUAACAGUAACAUUUACAACUAAGUAACCACAAUAAGUGUGCAAUUAUGCUGGAAACUGCAACCAUUGUCUUGUAAAGAAUCCAGAGAGUAUUUAGAGUUUAAGCAUUGCUUUAAGUAAUGAAAAUGAGGUGACUGAAAUUAUGUAAUUUAAUAAAUUGCAUCGUGCAUUUGUGUUUUAAAGAAAGUGAUACUAUUAUGUUUGGACAAUAAACAUCAUCGCACUGAU